AUGAAUCUAUCUACAGUCUGUGAUAUUCAUCUAUCUAUCACAGUCUGUUCAUAUCUGUCUAUAUCACAGUCUGUUAUAUCUAUCUAUCACAGUCUGUUCAUAUCUAUCUAUCUAUCACAGUCUGUUCAUAUCUAUCAAUCUAUCACAGUCUGUUCAUAUCAUCUAUCUAUCACAGUCUGUUCAUAUCUAUCAAUCUAUCACAGUCUGUUCAUAUCUAUCUAUCUAUCAGUCUGUUCAUAUCUAUCUAUCACAGUCUGUUCAUAUUCAUCUAUCUAUCUAUCUAUCACAGUCUGUUCAUAUCUAUUCUAUCAUCUAUCUAUAUCACAGUCUGUUCAUAUCUAUCUAUCUAUCUAUCUAUCUAUCACAGUCUGUUCAUAUCUAUCUAUCUAUCUAUCACAGUCUGUUCAUAUCUAUCUAUCUAUCUAUCUAUCUAUCUAUCACAGUCUGUUCAUAUCUAUCUAUCUAUCUAUCUAUCACAGUCUGUUCAUAUCUAUCUAUCUAUCUAUCUAUCUAUCACAGUCUGUUCAUAUCUAUCUAUCUAUCUAUCUAUCUAUCACAGUCUGUUCAUAUCUAUCUAUCUAUCUAUCACAGUCUGUUCAUAUCUAUCUAUCUAUCUAUCUAUCACAGUCUGUUCAUAUCUAUUCAUCUAUCUAUCUAUCUAUCACAGUCUGUUCAUAUCAUCCAUCUAUCUAUCUAUCACAGUCUGUUCAUAUCAUCUAUUCAUCUAUCUAUCACAGUCUAUCAUAUCUAUCUAUCUAUCUAUCACAGUCUGUUCAUAUCUAUCUAUCUAUCUAUCACAGUCUGUUCAUAUCUAUCUAUCUAUCUAUCACAGUCUGUUCAUAUCUAUCUAUCUAUCUAUCACAGUCUGUUCAUAUCUAUCUAUCUAUCACAGUCUGUUCAUAUCUAUCUAUCUAUCACAGUCUGUCCAUAUCUAUCUAUCUAUCUAUCUAUCUAUCACAGUCUGUUCAUAUCUAUCUAUCUAUCUAUUACAGUCUGUUCAUAUCUAUCUAUCUAUCUAUCUAUCUAUCUAUCACAGUCUGUUCAUAUCUAUCACGGUCUGUUCAUUAUCUGUCUAUCUAUCACGGUCUGUUCAUUAUCUAUCUAUCUAUCUAUCCAUCACGGUCUGUUCAUAUCUAUCCAUCACGGUCUGUUCAUAUCUAUCUAUCUAUCUAUCUAUCUAUCUAUCUAUCUAUCUAUCUAUCUAUCUAUCACGCUCUGUUCAUAUCCAUCCAGCUCUGUCUAUUUUCAUAUCUAUUAUGUACAAAAGCCUAUCUUGCCAAUGGUAAAGAUGGUUAUGAUGUAUUCAAAGAAUGUGAAGUGGUGGUGGAUGAAGAAAAAGGUCCAGUUUUAUCUACUGCUGUCCGUAACCAUUUUGAAUCAGUACAGGUCAUCCAGGGUACAAAGUCAUGUCGAUCAGGACAUCGCCAGUCAAUCAUUGGACUUGCCAGGAAAAAGAGUCUAAUAAACAGUAAACGCAGUGAAGAAGCAAUGCAGGCGAAGCCGCGCCAUUUGGUGCGGCAGGAAUCCAUCCAUGAACUGGAAAAUGAACUCAGCCACCUUGCCCCAACCGUAGAAGGCAGAAUAUUUAUGCUGGAUGAUAUUAAACGAGAAGUCAUGCUCAGCUUAAAAGAAUCAACAAGAUAUUUGUUGAAAACUGUUAUCACUGAGGAGAAGGAAUGCAAUGGUGAACAAUACAACAAAAUGAAGAUACAAGAUCAAAUAAUUCAUGGAAUGAAACAGGGUAAACUGCCAAAUGCUCCUGCAGAACGUCUUCAGUAA